AUGAUGCGAGGAUCUUCUGGGUUGAAUAAGAGGGAAGUAAGGUUAGAUAGGAAUCAUCUAAUUUAUUGUCUCUUUUUCCUUUCCAGACCAGUUCCAGCUUCCCAAAGAGCAUCACUGCCAUUAUGGAUGAUUGCCCUUACUGUAUUUGGAGUGCUGGCUGUCUUGGGAGUUACAAUCGGUCUCCUAGUUCAUUUUCUAGCAGUUGAAAAUAAGACCUACUACUAUCAAGGGAAUUUUAAAGUUAGAGAUAUUCCAUACAAUAGCAAUUUUGAAAGAGAGACUUCUGAAGAAACUGCAUCUCUGAGCAAAAUGAUUGAGACUCGAAUGAUUGAUGCAUUUCAAGCUUCUAGCAUACACAAUCAAUAUAUCAAUUCUCAAGUCACCAACCUAUCCCCAAGCUCUGAUGGUGUGACAGUAGAUAUUUGGCUCAUGAUGAAGUCUUCCCCAGGAAGGAAAGCAGAUAUGAGAAGAAAAAUUGGAAAUGUCUUGAAUCACAUGCUGAGGAAUAACUCUGCAUCCCUGACUUUUGAUCCCUCUUCCCUUAAGCUUACAGAAACCAGUAAAGUCCAUGCUGAAAGGACAAUCAACAAUUGCUGUGGGAGGAGGGCAAAAAUGUCCUCGGCAUAUGACCGAAUUAAAGGAGGAUCUGCUGCUCAGGAAGGGGAAUGGCCAUGGCAAGCUAGCCUGAAGGUCAGGGGCCGACACUAUUGUGGGGCAUCUCUGAUUAGCAACAGGUGGCUGGUGACUGCAGCUCAUUGCUUUAAAAACUACAAAAAUAUAUCAGACUGGACUGUCAGUUUUGGGACUGUGGUAAAUCCUCCCUACAUGAAGAACAAAAUAAGAGACUUUAUUGUUCAUGAAAACUACGAUCCACGUGCCCACCAUGAUGACAUAGCUGUUGUGCUCCUUGCUGAACCAGUCUCUUUUACAAACAACGUGCACCGAGUUUGUCUUCCAGAAGCUACGCAGAACUUUCCGCCAGGGUCGGAUGUUGUUGUGACAGGAUGGGGAGCACUUGCAAAGGAUGGUUCAUUUCCAAAAUCACUUCAAAAAGCACCAGUGAAAAUUAUUGACACAGAGACUUGCAAUAGUGAAGCUUCCUAUGAUGGUCUCAUACUUAACACAAUGUUAUGUGCGGGUUACAUGGAAGGACACAUUGACGCCUGUCAGGGUGACUCUGGUGGACCACUGGUUCACCCUAAUUCUCGAAAUAUUUGGUUCCUUGUUGGAAUAGUGAGCUGGGGAGAUGACUGUGGCAAAAAGAACAAACCAGGUGUCUACACACGGGUGACUUCCUAUCGUUCAUGGAUUGCUUCCAAGACUGGUAUUUGA